AUGACUGAUCCUUUACCUGGCUCCUAUCGUGAGCUGGUUGUCAACAGGCAAAAUGAACUAGAGGCAUUAAUCGAAAAUGGGGGUUUCAGGCCUUUCUUUCUACACAGCUUUGUCAUCUUCGCCUGUGUUCCACUGUUAUCCCUGGCGAUACCAUGCCAACGACCUGGUGUCUCACGACUGAUUCGCUCUGUGGGAAUGGCUGUGGUUCUUGCAAUUGCUCUGGAAACGAUUGUCUACCGUCGAGCUUUUUUGGGAGCAGGAGGGUAUAUGGUGGGAUUGGCUGUCACCUGGUGGAUUGUCUGGUGUGCAACGCUCCUCGUGUUCAAUGAUGCGGCGAAGGACUUUCGGAGAAUCGAGCGGAGAGCUGGCUCAGUGGAUAUUCCAAUCAAACCCAAACUCAACGGGGGCAACGGUGGUAUACUGCAUCAGCGUUGCCCCAAUGGCAAGUACCGGGUUAGCGAUCACUCGGAUUCUUUGGGCCAAGAAACCCUCGUAUGGCAGUCUUACCCCAAGCCCCUCUCGCACCGUCUAAAUUGGAUCAUGGGCCUUAUUUUUAAUAUGAGAGGGCCGGAAUGGAACUGGCGAAUCUCUACCUUAGAGCCACUACCGCCAGCUGUUCGAAUGCAACUGGAUAAAUCCAGUAUGGACCGUUCAGACAUGUCCCCUGAGCAUAAAGACCUGAGAUACCCGGAUUCGAAGACCCAAAUAAAAUCGGCUUUCUUUAUUUUCUUCAAGUCCUACAUCGCCAUAGACAUCCUCAAAGUUGUCAUGAUGCGAGAUGCAUAUUUUUGGGGGGCCGAGCGACCUCCCGUGCCGCCAUUCCCGUUCAACCUUCUCGCACCGUUUCCCAUUCUGGUCUAUUCUUAUCGACUGAUCAUGAGCGUUACAGGCGUCUUUUUUGCCCUUUUAUACGUCACCUCCUUGAACCCGAUCAUCUUCCUUGGACUAUCCCUUGCAUUCCCACGCGCUGCACGCGGACUGACAUCUACUCCUCUAAAUUCUCCGUGGAUGUAUUCAUCGUUAUUCGGCCCACUCCUCACGUCUAUUCUAGAAAAAGGUCUCGCAGGCUGUUGGGCCCAAUGGUGGCAUCAGCUGUUCCGCUUCGGCUUCCUCUCCGCCUCCCGCUGGCUUUUGUCCGUGCUGCCCUCGUCUAUUGCAAAGCCUGCGUACACAAGACGUUCCGUGCACGCUCUCAUUGCCUUCUCGCUGAGCGGUGCCCUCCACGCGGUAGGAAGCUUCACCCAGCAUGCAAGCACGCGGCCGCUGCAUGGUCCGUUUUUGUUUUUCUUCCUGCAAGCGCCUGGAGUCAUGAUUCAGCAUUUAUGCGACCAAGUCCUUCUACCCUUUAUCUUCCCAAAGGGCGUGCCUCGCGCUGUGCAGCGGACAUUCAACCUCUGCUCCGUCGUAUCCUGGUUCCUGCUAACAGGCGGGCUCAUUGCGGACGAUUUUGCUCGCGGGGGACUCUGGCUUGUCGAGCCUCUGCCUUUCAGUCCGCUCCGAGGUCUUGGCUUCGGCGCUGAGGGUGAGGGAUGGCUGUGUUGGAGGGAACCGUGGUUCCGUAUGGAUGGGGGAGGCAAGAUACGUGUUUUAUAA